AUUGUAAGCAUUUGUUUAUAUUAGUAGUUGUAUUUGAAAAAUGUUAAUUAAAUGACAACUAAAAUGUUUGUGUCAUUGGUUGUGGUGUUAGUUAUAGUCAUAAUUAGUGAUCAAUUACUGUGUGAUCGACAAUAUGUUCACAACAAUCAAGAGAUAGAGUUGACUAAAGUGGUAGUCAUUGAUCCCAAACACUGUAAUACCAGUCAUGAUAUGGUUGUCGUUAUUUAUAGUGCCGGUCGAUCUACGGGUAAAUACUUUAAUUAUAGACAAGAACUGAGAUCGGGUUGGGUAGGAGUCAUGAAAAGUCAUAAAAUUAGUGUCUGGUUUGCACUCGCACUCAAUAACAACCAAACGGUUAAUGAAGAGUUGAUGAUAGAGUCGGAUACCUAUCAGGAUAUCAUUCAGUUUGGUUUUGUCGACAACUACUAUAACUUGACACUCAAAGCCAUUGCUAUUCAACGAUGGCUUCACAGGUACUGUCAGUCAGUAAAAUAUAUGCUGAAAACAGAUGACGACGUCUUCGUUAAUGUCGACCUACUUGUGAAAGUGUUGGCCGACUUUAAGACAGGUAUUAGUGGUAUACUAUUCAAAAAUAAACCGGUAUUCAGAGAAGUUGGACACAAGUGGUAUAUACCGAAACAGUACUAUUCGCCCGAUAUUUAUCCCGAUUAUCUGUCCGGUCCGGCAAUGAUUGCCGAUAAUGUGACCAGAAAUCAAUUGCUUCGGGCAGUCGACUCAUACAAAGCAAUAGCCGGAAAUUAUAUGUUGGACAUCGACGAUGCAUUACUAACCGGUAUUAUUGCCAACUAUGCUAAUAUUGAGCGUCACCAUAGUUAUCAUUUUGCAUAUGACAACUGUUUACUAAUACCCUGUUUGCAUACCGUUCCCAUACAUUUUGAGUGUCAUCAGCGAUCAAAAACAUGGCACGACUUUUUGGAUAUGUCAAUGAAUACCAGUGCCUACUGUAGUCAUACCGUAUCCUCAAUAGUUGCCUACAGACUAAGCCAUCAU